AUUGGUUUUCGUCAUGAUUCGCAAGGGUCCAUGGAGAACUUCCCCUGUUUCCAACGCCGAUUAUUCGCCAUCAACUACGCCGACGUCCCCGCUUCCAGUCUCCUCGCCCGUUCCUCUCGGCCGCCACCACCGUACCCCCAUGUCUGAGCCAAUCGGUUACUCCACCACUGCUGUGGCUGCGUGCCAUGCAUCCGCAGUGUUGCUCGCAGGCCUAGCGACCUUCUGGGUCGCGGGAUUUCAGGGCGGAGCAAGCUUUGAUUUGCAAAAGCCUGACGCCGUGUUCAAUUGCCAUCCUCUCUUCAUGAUCAUCGGCUUUGUCAUCGUCUUUGGUGAAGGCAUUCUUGCCUACCGCCUACUUCCUCUCUCAAGGCCAGCCAGAAAGCUUGCCCAUUUGAUCAUAAAUGGGAUGGCUAUGCUGUUAGCACUGGUGGGAGUGUGGGCAGUGUUCAAGUUUCACAGCCUCAAGUCCAUUCCCGAUCUUUAUAGUCUACACUCUUGGUGUGGCAUGAGUGUUCUUGUGCUCUUUGCCUUCCAGUGGCUAUUUGGUCUCUAUGCCUUCUUCUAUCCUACCACAUCUCUUGCUGCUCGCCAAGCCUUCAUGCCCUGGCAUACCUUCCUAGGAGUUUUCCUUUUUUGUUUCACACUUGCCACCGCGUCACAAGGAGUCCUGGAGAAAAUGACGUUUCGCUUUGCUGGGGGCAUCGACAAAAGGGGUACCGAGUCAAUUGUGGCAAAUAUGCUUGGCCUCAUGAUAUUUGCCUUCGGUGCUAUUGUUAUCUGGACGGCCACAGUUGUUGACAAGGCAAGAAACGAUGAUGGCUACAGAGUCCUGCAAUGAUGUUCAUGCAUGAUGUUGAAGACCAUACUCCUAAGUAGUAGUAGCAGUAGUAGUUUUUUUUUUUUUUUUUUUUAAAUAAUGGUGGUGAUAUUGUUGGGCAGAAUUGCUUGUUGAA